AUGGCAAUCGAUACUCAUACCCCUAGGUCGAAGGGCCUCCUCUGCAAUGCUGGAGCCGGUGCCGCCGCUGGAAUAAUUGCAGCUACGUUUGUAUGUCCUCUGGAUGUUAUCAAGACUAGGUUUCAGGUUCAUGGCCUACCAAAGCUCAUUGAUGGUAAUAUUAAAGGUAGUCUUAUAGUUGGGAGUUUAGAACAAAUAUUCCAGAAGGAGGGGUUGCGUGGCAUGUACCGUGGGCUCUCCCCUACCGUGCUGGCAUUACUUCCAAACUGGGCGGGGCUUGUAGUGGAUUCUUACUUGAAAAACAUCCGUGCAUGUUGUCCUCAUUGA